AUCCGCGAGCGUCGGUGCCCAUGCUCUCUUUGUGCGCUUCCUGCGCUCAUCAGCCUGCCUAGACUCCUUGCCCUUCUACAGGCCCCCCGAAACAGCUUCUGCUCCUGAAUCGUUCUCUCCCUCAUUUUUAAUAACUCUAUUUACUCUCAUUUUUGGCCUCUUUCAUUACAUCAGUAACCCGUUGCUCAUCAGCUGUACAGCUGUGUGGUAGGUUUGAUUGAACAAAUCUCUUUCCUGUCUGGCUAUCAAUCGCGUUGGGGAAUAGAAUUUCUCUCUUGUCAUCAAUAUCAGGAGAAUUGCAUACAUUUCACACGGUAACGAUGAUGGAGAAUGACGACAAGCCCCACUGGAAAGCCACUCUGAGCUAUGAGGAAGCUCGGGACAUAUAUAGCAAGAGGCCUCAGGGCAAGUCAGAUUCAGCUUUGAUAAUUUCGAGCACAGUGUUGAGCAACCGAUACAAGAUCAGUCCUAAGGCUGUGCGAGACAUUUGGAACAAAAGGACUUGGAUCAAAGCAACUCAGAGCAUGUGGACAAGAGAAGAGUUCGAGACUUUUUUGGAAAAAGCCAGCAAGAAGCAAUCCAAGAAGCCCGGCAGACCAGUAGGGGCGAAGGACUCGAAGCCUAGAAAGAAACGAAGCAACCACAGUGCAAUGAAUUGUCAUACUUCGAUGCAUGUGGUUGUUAAGGAAGAGGCACAGCAUUAUGAGCAAGCGUCGUACCAGAGGAUGGGUCAGCUUUCUUCUUCUUUGUCGCAUCAGGAUGAGUCCUCAAGCGCAGUGACUCUGGAAGGAUACGUGGAAGACGAAACACAAAGGAAAAGUCACGACCAAGCUAAUGGCUGCACUAUCUGCGAAGCCAUCCAUAUCUUCAGCGAUGCUGAUACUGAACAGCGCUCUCUUCAACAUCAUGGGCAUAUCAUCGAGUUUUUGGACCACAGUCAUCAGCAACAAGACAUAUUUGGCUAUGGAGAAGAUGCAGCCACCUCUGAAAUUCGAAACGUGGACAUUAACAUUGGCUAUCCCAUCAAUCUUGCGACAGAGUACGUUCCACUGCAAGAGAUAUGA